CACAGAAAUCAAGCCAAUUUUGUGCUGGGCAUGCCAUGGCAGACAGCGACAGUGGCGAUGAAGUGUUCGAACUGGAGCCGGAUUCAGACAACGCACCGUGGGGUGAAAGCAACGGCAGUGCAAGCGAUGAAGUGAUCGAGCUGGAGGAGCAUGAGAACAGUGCGCCACAGCGUGAAAGCAACGGCAGUGACACAGAUGAAGUCAUCGAAUUGGACGGGGAUGACGAAGAGUACGAGGUAUUGAAGUCUGACAGUGAAGGAAGCUCUGCAUUCAGUACCAGUAAUUCUUUGGAGAAUGAAGGUGACGACACUUGCGAGGAUGCACCUGAAGUUGAGCUACUAACGGACGCUGAUUCAAGAUCGAAUGCACAGAUUGAGAUGGUCAAGGAGGUGCAAGCGAUUGACAGUGAUUUGCUGAAGCAGUGCAUGGACUAUUGCAGUCAUGCAUGGCCAUCCGAGGACGGCUAUGACAUGUUGCUAUCAAAACUUCUUCCAGAUGUGCAAAGCCUGCCAGAACCAAACCCUGCUGACCUGUCAACGCUUGCGUUUUCAGAUUCAGGCGAGUCCGAACCAGAAGCUGCAGUGCCGAUUGGUCAAGUCGGUUUGGACCCCUCAGCCUUGAAUCCCAGUUUGAAAUCAAAACAGGCCAAGAAUGUGCACAUGCAGCGUCUUUUGCACAAGGAGGCAGAGAAGAAGAGACAAGAACAUUCCUUAGAUGGGAAUGCCGAUGUGAAGAAGCAGCAGACAGAUUUGCUGGAGCCAUUGUUGACUGACCUAGGUUGGUCAUCCCAAGACAUACAGAUGCUUGUGGAGAGAUGCAACCAUGACACAAAGGAAAUCCAGAAGGAGGUGGAUAGCAUCAUUGCGUCUGCAGCCACCAGUGAGUCAACAUCUUGGUUUACCAGUGUCAAACGCAGACAUCAGCGUGAGGCUGGACUGAAGCAACUGAAAAAGCAGGAGAUGGGUCAUUUGAAGAACAACUUCGGACGGGUCAUGCGCGAGCUGGAGGCUCCAAGUGGCAAGAAGGAAAGGGAAAGCACUGAACAGGUGGAGCCACUUCCCCGGAAGGAGGAGCCCAUGCCUGAGGUUUCUUCCGUUCAGCAGAUGAAUCGCUCGGAAUGCAGAAGAUUGCUCCAACAGAUGAAGCCGCUACUCCACGCCCCCGCAGCGCUUUAUAAGGCUUUAGCAAAACGAGCCUUGGAUGAGUACUGCAAGGCAAAGCCCCUUUGCUUCUUUGAUUGCCGCCGCAUUACCUUCUGGCAAUUUAACGGCGACGAGGGCAGGCAUCGAAGUGGUCGCUAUGCUGGCACUCGAUUCUUCGAGUAUUUGCUGGAGUCCGAGGCAGGGCUUCUCGCGCGGCUAUCUGCGAUUCAUCCCAUCGCGGCAGUCUACAUGCUCCACACCAUGAUGGAAUCCCAGAACGUGAUCACUCCUGUCUUUCAAGAGGUCGGACGCUACGUCGGAGAGCGAAUCUCGAACUUAGAUCGAGAUGCUCUCGGGCGGCUUCCUCUCAUUUUUGCCAAGGCCGGCGUGCGAAAUCCGGGGCUUCUCAUCGUGGUGAAGCAGGAGUGCCUGCGCCGAUGCAAAUUGAAGGAAGGACCGCACAGUCUGUCACCCAAGGUGAUCACUGACGUGCUGCUGGCUUUCGCGAUCACCAAGACCGUGGAUGAGGAGUUGUUCGAGGCCAUGAUGCUGAGAGCGGUCUCCCUGCUGGACACAGCCCUGCUGCCGGAGCUGCCGGCAGAGCUUUGCGCACCAGUCAUCAGCUCCUUUGGCAAGGUGCCAGCUGCGCCCUUCCUGCUCCAGGACCUGGUUCAGCUAUGCCGCUCAUUCCUGGACCUGCAAUGCGUGGACCAGCAGUUUUUUGAUGACGUGUCCGACUACAUCGUGCGGGCGUUGCGAUUGCCAGACGCGGAAACCAUCGAUUGGUUCAUCAGGAAUCCCUCUUCCACACUGCCGCAGAUUGCACAGAUUUACGUCAAGGCGCAGAUCUUCAGCUCGGAUCUCUUUGCAGCUCUGAAAUGGAUCGCAUCCAGGCGGAAGGAGGAUUUGAGAGCAGACAGCCUGAAGCAGCUCCAGAACAGUUUCCAAGCUCAGAAGCGAGAAGAGGAGAAGCAGGAGAGGAAACGCCACCAGCCGCCCAGGCGCCGGGGCGCCAUGGGCCGCGCAUUGGUGGAGCACGUGCCAGAGGUGCGCGUGCAGACCCGCAAGGAGAAGGCUCGCGAUCUGCGGCAGCGUCUGGCCGCGAUGACGGAGGAGGAGGUCUUGAAGGAAGUCGCGGAAGCGGAGGAGUUGGCGGGCUACAGCGCCUCCGCCAAAGUGCUGCUCAGCGGAAUCAAAAUGGAGGCACUUCUCGAAGCGCAGGAGGGACCCAAGGAUGGAAAGCGUACCAAGAGCGAGGUUAUGGAAGCCUCGACCUCCAUUAGCAUUCGGUCGCUGGUCAAGGGGAAGAAGGCACGGCACGAGGAGCUUAGCGCCUCAGCCAAGGCUGAGGCGCGGAAACACGCCAGGCAAAAGAAGUAAAGAAGUCAAAAGCCUGAGACGGCGAUCGAUGGAAAACUUGCAGCGCGAAUGAGUCUUCUGGGUGAAGGGGCUCUCUGCGUGCGUGCGUGGGUGCAAGGGUUCGUGGGUGCGUGGGCGCGUGGGCGCGCGGGUGCGUGGGUG